AUGCCGUGGUAUUAUCUCCCAAGCGUACAUUUGCCUUUUUUGGCUCUGCUGCUUUCGCUCAUGCUGGCGUGUAGUACUCAGGAAACUGACAAGAAAGCACAGCCUGCCCCUCCAACUACAAUUAUUACUGCAGAGGGAUCUUCGGAUCAGGUGUUGGCACUACCGGCCCCACCUGCCGACGGCGAAGGCGGCGCUUCGGUACCGACGCUCACCGUAGGCGGCGGCAAGGUUGCGCUCGACGCCCUUGGACCUGCGAUCGGGCUGCGCCACGGAGUCCCAGAUGCCUGGGCCGCGCAUGUCUUAAUCGGCUUGCAUAUGGUCCCCUUUAUCGCCGCGCGCGUAGUCUCUGCACAUGUGUGGUCGCUGACUGACGUCGCGGAGGACGGCACCCUGAGACGAAUUGCCAACUGGGCGACCUUGUCCGAGCACGAGCGUCAGGUCGCGCUGCGACGCAUCGGCCAACGCAAUCAGGUAGACGGCAACGGCAAGGCAUCCUACAAUGCGACGUGGGGCCAGAAGGGCAGGCUUCGGAUGCUCGAUGCGGCCUGCUGUCCCGAGCUCAAGGCCAUUGUUUGGCGAAUUGCUUGGGGCUGA